UGUAGAUACAAGUGCGACGCGUCGACUUACUCUUAGAGAGGCCUCCCGGACGUACCCCGAACCCAGUCAAAGCAGGAUUUGUCAUCGUGCAGCCAGUAUUAUCUCUCCAAAUGGACUUGGUCUGGCCAAUCCCGAGCCGCGAGAGGCGGUCUGGCCCUUUUCCUAAUCCACGGGUGCUUAAUAUCUCUCCCAGACUGGCGCGCGGUACAGAUAUCAAGGGCAUCAGCCCAGCAUGGUACUCUUGUUGAUUGCUCUUCCGGGGCUCGGCUGCGAAAAUGUCCUCUCCUGACCGAAAAGAACCUCCUGCUCACGAUGACGAGUUGCAGCGCCCUACCGGCCUUGGUCCCAACACCAAGCGCCGACUUCACGAUUCAAGUGUGACUUUCGAAGAAUAUCACUACUACGCCUUGCGCACCCGCGCUCGAGAAGAUGCUGAUCACGGCAAGCAAGAGAGCGGUGGCAGACUGAGCGGGGUCCUUUUCGGCAGGGAGAUCAAAUCCGAUGGCGCGAGAGAUGAAAAUAAUAAUGCCUCGUUUCCAGCCGAGGGUCACGCGUCGCCGCGUGCCGCCAUCACUGCCGAUGAAUGGGCAAAUGCUUCGCGUGCGUUGAGGACAGCAAGCUGGGGUGCUGGGUUCUAUCUCAUUACCACAGACAUCCUGGGCCCUUUCGGAGUCCCUUUUGCCAUUGGGACGCUGGGAUGGGGUCCCGGUCUGGCGCUUUUCACGGCCUUUGCUCUGGUCGCCAGCUACUCCGGUUUUCUCCUCUGGAAAGUGUAUCUUGGGUUGGACUCGACUGAGUAUCCAUUGCUCAAUUACGGGGACAUCGUCCUUCGCCUGUUUGGGUCCUUUGCUCGGCACAUCGUCAACAUACUCCAGGUGGUCCAGUUUAUUGCCAUCACAGGACAAGUCAUUAUUCAAAAUGGUCAGGGCAUCUCACAGGCAGCACGUUUCAGAAUAUGUUAUGCUGUUUGCUGUGUUAUCUUUACGGCCGUCGGUUUUGGUGUCAGUCAAAUUAGGACCCUUCGCAAUUACGGCAUGAUCUCAGCGUUGGCCGUCUGUCUCAACCUCUUGACUAUUUUUAUGACCAUGGGGGUUAUGGCACACAGUCCCCCUAACUUCGCAAUCAGUGUGUUAGGCUCAUCAGGCUCGGCAACGCUACCGGACACAAUUGCACCCGACAAACAGGGGCAUUAUCCCUCUAUCAGGCAUUACGGUGGUCUUCCAAAUCCGAACAGCCUGGUGGGAUCCAUCAAUGGCCUGAUGCAGAGCGUCUUCGCCUUUGGGGGCGCGCAAAUGUUUGUGGAAAUAAUGGCAGAGAUGCGACGACCGUAUGACUUUAUCAAAUCUUUGUGUGCUGCACAGUUUUUCAUCUGGGUGGUUUAUCUCACCUAUGGUUGUUAUGUCUAUCACUUCCAAGGCCAAUAUACCUAUCAGGUUGCGUACCAAGGUGUGUCUAUCUACGGCUGGCAGGUCGUGGGAGACAUCCUGGUGGGAAUCAGUGGCUUGAUCUCCGCAGGUCUGUACAGCAACAUCGGCAUCAAGGUGUUCUACAACAACGUCCUGACGGAUCUACUGGGGGCGCCGCCACUUACGACUAGAGUAGGGAAACUCAUUUGGGCCGUCUUGGUCCCUCUCUGGUGGUCGACUGCGUUCGUCGUGGCCGCGUCGAUUCCCGACUAUUUUGGAUUCGUGUCGGUGGUUGCUGCCGUGUGCAUCCUUCAGUUUUGCUACACAUUCCCCCCAAUCAUCGCCCUGGGGUACUCCAUCAGAAAGAACGCGAUGCAUCGCGACGAUGGAUUCGAUCCGCGCACUGGAGUCGUUACUCGUUGCGACGACGGCCCUAAGAGAUGGAUUCGAGGAUUCUUCUCGGGAGCCUGGUACGUCAAUGUGUGGCACGUCGUGAUCGCCGGGGGUGCCCUUGCGACUGCCGGCCUGGGAACAUACGCCUCGAUCGAAUCUAUGAUUGAAACGUUCCAGAUACCGCAGGUGAACGCCUUUACGUGCACAUCACCACUUGACCUGCGCCAUGCUUCGUGACAGAUGUUGUCCGGAAAUUGAGAGAAAGAGAAGUGAUUGGUUUUAAACCGCAAAACAACACGAACACCACUCAACACCAGCGUUUCUCCUCCCAGUAUACAGUGCAGACGUUUUCACGCCAGACCGUGUGAUCAGCGCUUGAACUUUUCCUAAGAUAUACAAGCUGCUCACGCAAGAACGUUGAGUUGUUCAGCUCGACGGCAAUCGGGAAACAAGAUCGCCACCUCAAGCGCACCAAGAUCCCAUAUCAAAAGUCGUUACUCGUUGCGGCGACGGGCGUUCAGAGACGGAUUCGGUGGUUCCGGUGCAGCAUGAAUUACAGCGUAUAAAUAAGAGGCUUCUACGCAAAUAACCAUGCAGCGAGACGGUCUCAAAAUAGCGUGAAUACACCAAUUCUGGUAUGUCUUGGGUUGUGUUUACCUCGCGGUGGCACACUGGAAAGGCGUGCGAAAUAGAUGCCUAAUCGCUGAGCUAGACCUUCAAGUACAGUACUGCAAUGGAUUGACAAGGCCACAUUCAGGAAGCUAGAAUCC